GAGCCCUUCUACACAAGCAACAUGAUAACUUUGAAGUAGUCUCAUCACUAACACACCUUUUCCCCUUCUCUUUAAAGCAAACUACAAAUCUGAAUCUUCCUCCUGAAGACCUUGAUUCAUCUGGUGAUGACGAUGAUGCGUUCUCAGGUUCAGGUGCAGGUCCCCUGACUGACCAGUCCCGUACCUGGAGCAUCCCAGGAGAUCCGACUAAUUCCUCAUUGCUGGUAACACCAAUGGAUUUCAAUGGACAGCUAUUUCCUGGGACCGAGAGCCGAACUGAAAAGGAAGUAAUAUCUCCUUCUGCAACGAGUAAUGUGGUGACAGAGGAGCCAGUUGUAGCUGUGAAGGACGAAGUACCCAUCCUGGGCUCACCUGAUGAGAAACCAACAAAUGAUGCGGUUACGACGACAGCGAGAAGCCCCACUACUCCCUUUUCCUCAGUGGUUCGUGUAACUCCUUCAGAAGCCUCAGGCACAGUCUUUGAGGUUGAACCUAAAAUCCCCAGCUCUGAGGUGCCAGAUACUAAAGAUGUGCCUGAGCCCCACUCCACCACCCAUCAUGAGGGAGACAUCGCUGCCGCCCCAACGACGACGGCUCCAGGGGAUGUUGUUCCUACACACGAGGAGGUUUCUGAGGAUGGCUCUGGAGACCCGGGAGACUUCAUCUUGACUAAAGAUGAGGAUUUGGUCCCCACCCAAAACUCAGAAGUACCGGCUGACUCUGGGAGGAAUGCCAAAGCCGCAGGGGCCUCAGGAAUUAUGGACAGAAAAGAAGUUCUCGGAGGUGUUAUUGCCGGAGGACUGGUAGGCUUGGUGUUUGCAGUGUUUCUAGUUGCAUUUAUGCUGUACAGAAUGAAGAAAAAAGACGAAGGCAGCUAUUCACUGGAUGAACCAAAACAGUCGAAUGGAGGAUACCAAAAACCACACAAACAAGAAGAAUUCUAUGCAUAAACACUUAUCUUCAGGACACUUCUUAUUCCACCUUUCUUGGACUCUUCUCUCCCUGCACGUGGACCUCCUAGUGUGCUUUGUAUUAAACUUAAGCCAUAUGAUCAUUGGGUUAUUUGCCCUUACCACUUUGCCAUUGGAAAUUUUAUAACUACAAAGUAGCUCUGGAUUCAUUGAACAUUCCCUGCUUUCUUGCACAACUUUAUUUUAUUGUAUUUUUUAAACAGAAGUGAGACUGCAAGUUCCUAAACUCACUUUGGUUUAUCUAAAGACUGCUGGGGCAGGCGGUGGGGAGAAGGUAAGGGAGCACUGUGUGUAUAAACCUCUUGACAUUUAGGCAAAGGGCUAGCAACAAUAAACAAUUAUCAGUGCUCAAAUUCUGUGUAGUAGGGAUCCUUCCUAUUUAACUCAUAAAUGUGUUUUAAGUGUAACAAAUGCCUGCGCUGGGCAGACGCUUGGUACACUGCAAUCCUCUUGCUCUUUCUGACUGCUGCAUUUGGAGCACUUAAUGCCUAUGAAACAUCAAGCUGAACGUGAUUUCUA